CACCGCCAACGGCUGACCUUGCUCCCUUGAUCUUUCGCUUGCCCACUGCUUUGUUUCAAAAACCAAAAAGCGUGAACGGUCGCACCCGGUACCGCCAAGCACCGCGUUUGCCCAGCCACAGGAUUUGACCCACGCGUCAUCCCCGUUCUCUCGCAAUGACGCGGCUGGCAUGGAGCGCCGCCGCAACGCUGGCUCUGCUGCUCGUAGCGGUUUUGGCGCCAGUUUCAACUGCCGCUGAUGUUUCGACGAGGGCACGUCGAAGCAUGGCCCAGGCUCCAGAUGUUGGCCCUGAGCGAGAUGCGACCGACACCUUUGUGCUUCUGCCGUUUGCGCGCAUCAACUGCGGCGGCAACAGCACCAACAGUGUCGACGGCAGAGAGUGGUUGGCAGAUGCCUACUUUUCAUCUGGAACGCCCAUCACGUACGCCAACAUCUCCAGCAACACCCUGCUCGGCUCUGCCCGCGGCUCUGAGCCUGGCGUGGACGAGGUUGAAUACCUCAUCCCCACUGCCUCCGGCAGAGACUACCUCAUGCGCAUUCACCUGGCACAACCGACGUUCGUGGCGCCAAGCACGGACGUGGCCGACUUUUAUGUCAAUGAUCGCCGCAUCUUCGCCUCCUUCGACUACAACCUCCUAUACCGCUUCCCUGGCCAGGCCUUCGCCCUCGAGCGUGUCGUUGAGAACGUGACCUUCCCACUACGCGUGAUUGCGCGUGCCCGGAAAGGUCAGGCACGCAUUGGCGCGCUCGAACUGCAGCAGGCCCUUGAACUCCCAUGCCGCAACAACGACUUCUGUGAAAACGGUGGUGAGUGCGAAAACGUGCUGGUCGCAAACACCAUCAAUGGCACGUCUACAGCCAUGACCACGGCUGCUCCCUUGCGCGAAGACAGCUUUGAAGCAGUCUGCAAGUGUCCAACAGGCACGAGUGGAGAGCGUUGUGAGAUUAUCAUCACGACCACAACGACAACCACCGCGUCAGAUCCAGGCGUAACAACAACCACGAGCACAACUACAACUACAACCACCACCACCACCACAACUACAACGAGUACAACAACAACAACGAGUACAACAACAACAACCACCACAACAACCACCACAACAACAACCACCACAACUACAACGAGUACAACUACUACUACUACUACAACUACUACUACAACAACUACAACAACAACUACUACCACAACCACGAGCACAACAACAACAACAACAACAACAACAACUACAACUACAACAACAACGACAACUACUACUACUACUACUACUACUACCACGAGCACAACAACAACUACAACAAUUACAACAACUACAACAAUUACAACAACCACAACAACAACCACCACAACUACAACGAGUACAACUACUACUACUACUACUACUACUACUACUACUACUACUACCACUACCACGACCACAACAACAACAACAACAACAACAACAACAACAACAACAACAACAACCACCACCACAACAACAACAACAACAACCACCACCACAACAACAACUACAACAACUACAACAACAACAACCACGAGCACGAGUACAGCGACAACCACCACCACCACCACCACAAGCGCUUAUCAGACAACUUCGAGCGGAAGUGGUACAGCGACCAUGUCAACUGCAACGCCAGUUGCACCCACCACAACAACCACUACCACCACCACCACCACGACAACAACAACAACAACAACAACAACAACAACGAGUACAGCGACCACCACCAUAACAACAUCAUCAUCAACGACGACGAGUACUUCUACAACCACGAGUACUACAACAACCACGAGUACUUCUACUACGACCACAACUACAACGAGCACAACAACAACAACAACAACAACAACAACAACAACAACAACAACAACAACAACAACAACAACAACAACAACAACAACAACAACAACAACAUUGACGACAAGCACGAGUACAACGACAACCACCACCACCACAAGCACUUCUCAGACAACGUCGAGCGGAAGUGGAACCGGAACCAUGUCAACAAUAUCGUCAGCAACAACAACAACAACAACAACAACAACAACGACGACAACGACGACAACAAACACAACAACAACAACAACCACAACCACCACCACCACCACCACAACAACAACAACAACAACAACAACAACUACUACUACUACUACUACUACUACUACUACUACUACUACUACUACUACUACUACUACUACUACUACUACUACUACUACUACUACUACAACAACAACAACAACCGCCUAUCAGACGACUUCAAGCGGAAGUGGAACAGUGACUAUGUCAACUACAACACCCGUCACGACCACUACCACGACCACAACAACAACAACAACAACAACAACAACAACAACAACAACAACAACAACAACAACAACAACAACAACAACAACAACAACAACAACAACAACAACAACAUCCACCUCGAGCAGCGAAAGUGGAAGUGGCAGUUUCACUUCCACGACCACAACUUCAACCACAGCUUCGGCCACAACGUCGUCCGAAUCUGGUAGUGGCAGUACCAUCCUGUCCACGCCAACAGCAACAACAACAACAACAACAACAACAACAACAACAACAACAACAACAACAACAACAACAACAACAACACUGCCUGUGCUGCCGGUAGAGUUUCCAGCAGAGGAUGACGGCUACGAGGUCACGUUCACGCCGGUAUCUGGGCGACGGUUUGAUACUGCGUUUGAUCCUGCGGCAGCGCUUGCACCGGCCUCGAGCGUUGACGAUUGCGUGAUUGUGUGCAAUGAGGAGCCAACGUGUGAGGGCCUCUUCAUCUACCUGCUCUCCAAUGCGUGGGUGUGCAUCCCGCUCAACGACACCGGUUCCGUCAACGGCACCAUCUCGCUCUUCCCCAGCUACAGCCUCGUCUACUCGGGCUCCGUUUCACCGACCGUGGCGGGUUCGCAACAAAUCGCCAGCAUCGGUGAUUGGCAACUGGCAGUUGUCUUGCUGGCCGUGAUGCUGUGCAUCAUCAUCGCCCUCGCUGGCUACGUUCGGCGGGCCACUCGACCCGUCACGUUUGAGGUGGUAGUGGAGCGCAAGCAGCCCUACCGCAUCGACGCGACAGAUCACCCCUGGACUGGCCGCGGCAGUGAUCAGGGCUACUCCAUUCGCAAGGUUGGCAGCAAGGAGGACUUCGUCCCCGGCCGAGACAUUGAGCUGGUUCGCGGGCGCACGUACCACUUCAGGAUGUGCAACGUCCCCAAGGACUACCCGUUCUACAUCACCUACUCUGACGUCGGUGGCGGCAACGGCAUCAUGGAGUACCUGCGCGGUGUGAGCAACACGCCAGCGGCUGAGAACGACACCGUCGUCUUCAAGCCACCCAUGGACAGCCCCGCCAUCUUGUACUACCAGUGCACCAAGCACAAGUGCAUGGGCUACAAGAUCUUCCUCCGCGAUCCGGAAACGCGCUCGCACGGUGGUGGCACCUAUGUGCUCGGUGAAGGCCGCGAGUCUAUUGUUACCAUCACGGACACGUCCGGUGUGUUUGCUCCCAACGACACCGGGGAUGAUGACUUCCAGUCCGACCUGACAGAAGGCGAAAGCCCCACACACCAAACGUUUGCGCGUUCAGUGGUCAACUUCGUCUACGACAGCGAGGGGCUCGACCGACCCGAAGAGGGCGCUGACAGCAGUGAGGCUGGUGGGAGCGGUGGUGUUCCCGCAGCACGCAGGCGCGACGUGACCAAGUUUGGCAGCGGCGACGACGACCACAGGGGCGCAGCGCUCCGCCGCAGCACGUCCACGGCCAGAAAUUCCCAGCACAGGCGUGGGUUCAUCGGCAAUGAGGAUGACGCAGACAUGCGUGCUCUGCAAGAGAAGCUGGAAUCAGCAGCAUCUCGGGGUUUGACCGUCGGCGAUGACGCGGGUGACGGCGGCGAAGGUGAGGGCGAUCUGGCAGAGCCAGAGUAUCAGCCGCCCCCGCCUUACGCGGCUGCCAGGGCGUCGUUGCUCACCCUCAAGCCACCGGGGCUGGAUGCCCUGCUGGGCAACGAUUCUCGCGCGGCUCCGGGCUACGCACCGCCACCGCAGUACCCGCUGGCCGCCCAGUACAAGGGGUCUCGAGUUCGGGAGCAAGUGAUGACGGCAGUGUAUCGGCCACCGCCUCCGUAUCUUGUCGCAUACGACAUUGAGCGGCAGCAGGCGAGGCAGCAGACGGCAAAGGAGGUGGAACUGGCCCCGACAGACACGUUCCUCAUCGACACGAGUGCCGAUUCCCUGCAACACACGGCGCUCCAGUUCAAAGGGCAGCGGAGUCUCAUCGAUCCCAUGGAGGUGCACGAGGACGACGUUGCGGUUGCCGUUACCAUGGACGACGUUGCGGUUGGGCGUGGGCAGGCGGUGAUUCGCGUGCUCAGGCAGAAGAGUGAUGAACUGCUCGAGUUCACCGAGGACUCAUCUGCAUAAUUGAAUGCCAUGGUUGACAUGGGUGAGUCAAGAUGACGCUGCAAGCAAGUCAUGAAUGGAAUGGCAUGUACGUUGUGUGUUGUUGUUGUUGUUGUUGUUGU